UCGCACAAGCCAGAUGAAUCCCCCUCCGCCCUCAAUGGUGUUGUUGUUGUUCCUCCUUCUGCCUCACUACUCAUGGAGAAGCUCCCCGUAGAGAUCCUCUGUGAAAUUAUCGAUUAUCUCACCCCACAUGAGCGGGUACAACUUCAAUCCGUGUCGAAACGGCUGUUCCUGGUCGCUCGUGACAAUAAUCUCUGGAGACUCCACUGCUACGAGGAGUCAUGGAGCGCCGCGCGAGCUUCUCGUCCCGCUAACGGCCGCGGCGGCGGCUCCGAGAGCCUGGUCACCAACUCCACCACGCCUCUCAGCGCGCUAGGGCAGACCUCGCUUCGAUCCCUCAUUCAGCCCCAUGCUGGGCGUGAGGGGGAUACUAAUCUGUCAGCCGAUCGGGCGCCAUCGUUUGGUCUCCGAUCACGAGCAGCCACGGAGUGGGACCCGUCUUACGAGGGUGAAGAUGUGAACUGGUACUCGGAGUAUAUCGCUCGAAAUGGGCCCAUCUCGCUCAGCUGGAUGCAGCGUCCGUUCACUACGGUGGAGGGUCAACGACGGAGGGAGUAUCGGGAAGUGAAGGGGAUGGGCCUCCUGCGGGACUGGAGCUCGGCCAGGGAGAACAAAGUCGUUGCACCUCUGGACGAUGGAAGCGUUUGCAUCUGGGACCUCAACCACUCGCACUCGAUCGGCUCUCAGGAGACAAAGGGUAAGGUGAUUGGAGUCAGCGCCCCAGGCAUCUUGAUGACAAACCUAUCUGGCAGGAGGGAUCACGCCGCGACCAAACAGUCUCUGGAAUACGUUAAUCUUGGGGAAUGCGUGAGCGUGGACUCCAUUCGUCGAAGGGCUUAUCUGGCUGUGGGGAACAUUCUGAACGAGGUCGACUUGGAGACUCUUCGGGUCGUCUCUCAACAACGCUACCCUUGGUCUGUCUUCGCCCUCUCUCAGGAGACCGAUUACUCUGUUCCAUUGACCCUUGCUACAACUUUGAGUCUGCACAUUUACGAUGCUCGACUGUCAGCGAGCGAGGAGGAAGAAGCCAUCAACCUACGCUGCGAGGAGCCAACCGUCUCCUUGGUGCCCAAGUCACAGCUGUACGCUCCUCCCGACUCGCCGCUUCUGCAACUCCAACCCAACGGCCGGCCUCCGCACCGUAUCAGAAGCCCAGGCCCCUCGCAGAACACCGACGAUUAUGCACCACUCUUCCAGCCAGGGCCCCUUUCACUUCUGCAUCCGCCAGCGCCGCAUGUACAUUCCAUCUUUCUGGCCGGUCGCUUCCCUAGCAUCCUGCAGUAUGAUCGCCGUUUCUUCCCCCGGUUGCAGAACACAAUCCAUUCUGGAGGCCAGCUCUGCGGACUAGCCGCUGUUCCUGCGCCACGAUUCCCCAUCUCCGACUCCAGCUUUCCAUCUUCACACAAGCUGGUAGCUUGUGGCGACUAUAAAGGCAGAGGGUCCCUUGAAUUGUACAAUCUCGCGCCGUCCAACGCCAGCGACAUGAACUGCUCGUCCGGAUGCUCGUCCGUCGUAUCGACGAUGUAUCAAAACCGGCAGAGUGUCGCCAGAUCCAAAGUGCUAUCUGUCGAGUCCCACGGCACCCGUAUCGUCUAUUCAGAUGGCGAUGGCAAUAUCAAAUGGGUAGAACGCGACGGGAGGUCCGAAGUCCGCCGCCUCAACAUCAACACCUACCAACACCCCCAUCAUCAUCACCAUCAUCAUCAUCGGGCAACUACCUCACACCAUCACCAACAACAGCCUGACGACACCGCGCAUCACCCUCGCGCAGCAAACGGCGAGACCGACCACCCCACCGGUCUAUGGGGCAACUUAUCCCGCUCCCACAGCGAAGGCGAAGUCGCUCGCAAGAUCCUCCCCACCGGCGGAAGCCUGACAGGCGAUGAGCUCCUCGUCUGGACAGGCGAACACAUCGGCCGAGUCCGAUUCACCUCUGCCAGCCCUGACGCCGGCCUGGACGAGGACGACGAGGACGACGACGCCUCAAUGGACAUGGAAUUAGACGAUACCGCUCGCGAAGAACUCCGAGCCAAACGACGAGAGCUGCGCCGGCGUGAGCACGAAUACGCCGGCAUGAUGCGCAAGGCGCUAGAGAGACAGGCCGAUGAGGUCCGACGCAUGGGGGGCCUUGGCCUUUAGAUCAGGACUUUUCUUUUGACGAUGAUAAUUUGAAUCACUUAGAUAACAUGUUUGAUACCAUCAACGAUCUGUCUCUAUCUGCUUCACUCCUGUUUCUCGGGUUCCAGCGAUUUAGCCUCCGGGUGAUUUUUCUGCUUCUCGCAUCUGCUUUUGUUGUUAGACUCGUACCUACCGC